AUGCUCCAAAACACCCGUGGGCGAACCGUCUUCGCCUUUCAGCCCAAACGUCUUCCAAAGGAUGUGGACAGGCUCACGUUCUUCAAGGGCUCCAUAGUCCGGAAGAAGUCCGUAGGCCCUGCAGGGGUGGACGAUGAGACACAGAAGGUGGACACGGUGGACACCGAGAAAUUCGAGCCACCAUUGCGAUCUGAGGCAGCCCUGUCGCGCUCAGCAUCUGUUAACGAUUUGAGGACGCGGGUUCAGCGGCAGCGGUCUUCGGAGCCUGUUGAGAAAGGUUCAGAGCCAGGCAAACAGAUCUUGGCCUCCAGGCACUCUGUGCAAUGCAGGCCUUUUUCAGCGCGAUUGGGAGAGGCGCCACCUCCGCUUCCUGCUUUCCCCGGAAGUUGGAAGUCCGAGGACUCGACCCUGAUGUCCGCAACCAGCAGUGCAAGACGCCCUUGGUCCGCCAAAGAAGCCAGUUCUGAUCCUGACAAGUCUGCGCCAGUCAUAGUUGCGGCCGCAGGGAAGGCGCUUCUGCGUGCGGCAAUGGAAGAGUCAGGAACACCUGCGAGCAAGAAUGGGCUGUCCAGAUCUCCCUCCAUGCCCUUGCCAAAGAGGCCGACAGUUCCGCGGGAGAAGCGGAGACCAAGGCCUCGAACAGCAGGAGAGGAGGCAGAUGCAGUCGGCGAGUCCGACGGAUCAUCGUCAGCCGCCGCCAGUCCUGUGAAUCCCGCGCAGGCUUCAAGUUGCGACCGCAUGUCUGCGGUGCCACUGCUUGGUGGGUAUGGUGGGUCUCCGGUGACGCGAUCGACGCCACAGUUGGCAUCAAGCCCGCGGCCGCCACCACCAUUGCCACCGCCGAUUCCACAGCUCCGGCGGUCUGAAGGUGAUAGCGACGAGAUCCCCAAGCACAUUGGAUAUGCCCCACGAUACUUCGACUUCAAGGCCUUUCGAAAAGCGCUGAGAGAAAAGAAAGAGAGCCUUUCUGAAGCUGAGCUUCGGGAGGUGAGAAGAGAAUACGCGCUGCCUCCUCCGGAAGGAUGGACUGUGUUGAGCUUCCUAGAACAGAUGGACUUCGGGGAUGGAGCGGAAGAUGUUGCGAACUUGUUCGAGCAGUGGAAGGACUUCAUUUCAAUGUCCGCGCGGGACAUCAUGAGGAUUCCAGACAUCACAGCAGAACAGCGGCGGCGACUAGACAAGUACAUCACCUUGUUCAAUCAUGGCCUUUGGCCCCGAGUAUCCGCCGAUGAGUUUCACCAGCGCUUCGCUGGCAAGCCACUGGAAAAUGAGGGCAAGCCCUGGACGGCGGAAGAGGAUGAACAACUGCUGAAGCUGACUGGGCCUGGUGAGAGCGGCGGCUACGAUGCGAGCUUCGGUGACCCAUGGAUCUAUGUCUCUUGGGAGAUGCAGAGGCGUGAGGACGAUGUGCAGCAGCGUUAUGUCGACUUGGUCGUGCGGCCGAAGGAAAGAGCGGCACGGCACGAGCUCGCCAUCACGAAGGCCUCCCGACCUCUGCAUAUGCAUCGGAGGUUCCGGAUGAUGCCGCCGGAUUUGUACAUUGUGCCGUCGCAGGACAACUUUCCGCUGGCAGAGCGAGCAUUUGAGCUGCCUGAGGCCUUCAAAAAGUAUCGUCAAGAUGACAUCUUUAAGGCGUAG